GAAAACAGAAAAAUAGUAUUUUCUAGUACCCAUAUUACGUAAUAAUUUAGUAAUUUUACCUUCUUAGAAACAUUGUUACAUGUUUCGGUGUUGAUUUUAGUUAUUUAAAUUUGUGUUAUUGUUGUUAAUUAUCUUAAAAAAAUGUAUUCGUUUAGAAGUGAAAAUUCUAACCAGCUGAACGCUCAUAACAUUAGGAUUACUGAACUUAAUCCGUCGACUUCAGCCAUGUCACAGCCUCAGACACCAGGAAAAGUGAUCCACCUUCCAAAAGUCAGGAUGCUCAGUCGUGGUGGCAGGGUGGCGUCGUCUGGAGUGCGCAUCACCAACGUGAAGUCUAUCAAACCACCAGACCCUGAGGUGGUGAAGAAACAGGAGGAGGAGAAGCUUAGAGCUCAGCUCCAAAAAGAGAUCGUCUCCCGUUCCCGACUAUGUGCCAACAAAAGCUACGAAUGUCUCCUGCCAGUGGUGACCGGACGGCAGUACUGCUACAGGCAUAUCUUGAGAGACCCCACCGCGCCGUACAGGCAAUGUAACCAUACCUUCGGCAAUGGGGAGCGGUGUAACAUGCCCGCUCCUAUAGACUCCAGGGAUCAUCGGGAUCCAGGGUUAUGUUUCGAGCACGCCCGCGCAGCGUUGUACGCGCGGCAACGCAGCGCGGCCGCCCCGCCGCCCGUCGUUACCACCGAGACUCUUCUCAACCAGCUACAGCAUUAUGUUAAGCCGGAACGUCCGCGCACGACAUCCUGUGCAUCAUCAGUGUCUGUUGUCAGCGAUCCGGCUGAACAGGAACAAGCUGAACCGCAGGUCGUUGAUCCAUUCAAGCAACUAGACGCGACAUCGAUAAACGCGGCGCACGCGACGUCGAUGAUGGAGUGCGCGAGCUGCAGCGACAGCGACGGCGAGAGCGUGGCGCUCGGCCCCGCCGGGGACUGCCGCGCCGGGGACCACGAGGACCUCUCCGACACGGAGGACGCGCCCUGCGAGGAACUGCCUCUCUGGAAAGCCGGAGUGUACACGGCUGAGGAAGCGGUCUCCGUGGCCAAGACGUGCCUGAAGCUGCUACAGUCUGCCUAUAUAAAGCAAAUGUCGAGGCUACGAGUGUUGUUGCAGAGCGCUCGACUCAAUUAUUUGAGGGAUAUGAAGGCAGAGAAGGAACAGUAUUGUAGUAUAAACUCCCAAUCCCGUAGCGGUCCGCUGACGGUCCGCGAGCGGCGACAGCUGCGCAAGUUGAAGGCGUUCGCCAGUUACCACAGAAAGCACGGACAGGACGCCGUGCUAGCUAGGAAGCUGCAUCGGAAGAGAGAUAAGCUGAGCAGUGCGUGGACAGCGCCGCGUCCGCUGCCGUCGCAGGCGCGCUGCACGUUCUCCGAGGGCGGCGUGCGCUGCCCCGCGCCCGGACUGCCCGCGGCACGGCACUGUCUGCGGCACAUACUGCAUGACUCGCAGCAGGUACUAUUCGCGCCCUGCGGCGACACACGAGGAGUAGCGUCGUGUCGGGAGCCCGUCGCGAAGCUCCCUCUGCCAUCGUCAGCUUGUCGCUACCACACCGACCCGCCUGUCUACACUGUUUUCAAUUUGAAGAAAGACGGAUCCGACACAGAAUCGGAGCCCCAGUCAACAUCAGACGAAUCUCAUGUGGAAGAAGCUGAUGCUUCAACGGACGACCGGGUGGGAGUCCAGGAGCUUGAAGAAGUGGAGAUGACUUCCUUCAUACCGCAGGAACUAACGGACGAAUGACGAAUAGCUGAACUGGUCUACCAAAUGUACGAAGACUUUGGACAGUGAUAACUAGUCUACCAAAUGUACGAAGACUUUGGACAGUGAUAACUAGUGUUUAUAAUAUUAUAAACUUUCGUGAGACAUGCUAAAUUAAUUAUUAUGUUAUCGGCUUACUCACGUAAUGAUAAAUGUGUGGCGACACAUUGACAAGUAACAAGUGACAGAUGACAGAAGUCGCACAUAGACUAUCGACGAGCAAAUCAACGGAUGACGUCACAAAUAUCCUGCAUCGCACAUAUGAAGUUUACAUGCGAAAUAACACGGAUAGAAAAUCCCAACGAACAACAGUUGGGCAGAAAGCCCGCCAGGCAUGUUCACCUCGCCUGGUCGGAGGAUCCUCCUUUUCUUAGGGAACUUUACUCGCUGUUCCCUAAAAAUGAUAUUUAUUUCUGUAAAUAGGUUAUAAAAUAACACUUCAAUAUUUCAAAUAGCUAGAUGAGGAAUGUAAUUUCUGACUGAUUCGUUGGUCUAAUGCUAGCAAGCGCGACUACUGGACAAGAGGUUUUGAUACCCGGGUCGGCAAAGUAUUACUUGGCUUUAUUCGAAAAUUUCUCAGUGGUAACACGGAGUCCGGAAUUGUGCCCGGUAUAUGGCAAUAGGCUCACCCCCUAUUACAUGGGACUUGUAACACAAAUGGUGAAAAGUGGGUGUACAUUGUAUAGCGAUAUUACAUGCCGUAAUGUGCAUCUCUGCUUACUCUUUCAGGGAUAAAAGUCGUGACGUUGUGUGAACUCGAUUAGAUAGGCUCAUGUUCAUGAGCCUAUCUAAUCUGUGCGACAUACGACGCGGCGACUGUCUCAUUUAUACUCUGUCUGAAACUAUUAGAGUUCCUUGUCAAAUAAUUACGUGAGUAAACCGGAAAAUAUAGUAAUUAAAUUAGUGAUACCAAGUGUUUAAGCCUUUAACUGCCAUCAGAAAACUGUUGAAGACAAAUCCUCCACUAACGUGGCAGUUAAUGUGUUAAAUAAAAGGAUAUUUGGUUCCUAAUAAGUGGGACUCUCAUGGAACCUAAUAAGUGGUGAUAAGUGACUCUUACAUUGCGUAUAAGCAACUCUGUUUACGCCUUUAGAAGUGAAAGAAACCAUAUAAGUGUGUGUGUGUUUUAAAACUAUAAUGAAGGAUGUAUUCCAAAGAAUUUCAAUGAAAAGUGAUUUGUGCUAUGUAUAAUGUAUGUGACUUUUGGACGUAAAAAAUUGUUAUAGUUGUUGGGCUAUGAUUACAAAUGUGUGAACUGUCAUAAGUAAUUUUUAUCAGUACCCUUAGUAUGAGUUUGUUUUACGUUGAACGAAAAUGAAACGAGAGCGCGUUCAGCGCUUUGAUUGGCCGGUAAGAAUGAACCAACCAAUCAGAGCGUCGAACGCCCUUUCGUUUCGAUUACUUUAAACGUAAAGCAAACUCAUAAUAAGGGUGCAGAGGGCUUAGUAUGAGUCUGUUUACGUUUAACGAGCUGGCUCGAUAAACCAACCAAUCAGAGGACUGAACGCGCUCUCGUUUCGAUCUUGUUAAACAUAAAACAAAGUCGUACUAAGCCUAUUAUACUUAUGCCAGUUCUUGUGAUCUGUUUAUAAUACUUUAGGUUACAAUGGGACUGAUAUAUGCUAUGCGUAAAAGCCCAUUUAUAUAAAUUAAGUUGUAAAAAAAAACCUUAUGCCAUUUAUACGGGAUAGUCACAUUCG